UACCACUCCUAACCCCAACCGAAGGAGAAGAAAAACACCAUUAAAAAUCAGAGAUAAGCUUCUUCUUCAGCUUCAGAAAGAUAAGUGUUCUGUAAUUUGGACUAUGAAGCAACCAUGGGAGAAGAGAACUAAAAGGUCAGACCUUCAUUUCAAUCACAAAUUCGAAAUUUGAAAUCUUUUUCCAUUAUCAUAAUAUUUUACACAGUUAAAUUCUUCGGUUUUCCAUUAUGCAAAUGUGUGUUUCGGUUCGAACUCCAAAAUGGGUUUCAUCAAGAAGGGUCUUAGAACAGAAGCUAUCUCAGCUCCACAAAUGCUCAAAUUUAAGCCAAGUAAAGCAAAUUCACGCUCAGAUUAUCAGAGCUAAUCUUCACCAUGACCUUUAUAUUGUCCCAAAAUUAGUGGCUGCUUUAUCUUUGUGUCGUCAGUUGGCGUUGGCAGUGAACGUUUUUGAUCAAAUUCAAGAACCCAAUGUGCAUUUGUAUAAUACCAUGAUUAGAGCUCACAUUCAGAAUUCUCAGACCUCUCAAGCUUUUGCUACUUUCUUUAAUAUGCAGAGUAAUGGUGUUUGUCCUGAUAAUUUUACUUAUUCCUUUCUUUUGAAAGCUUGUUAUGGGAGGAAUUGGUUGCCUGUGGUUCAAAUGAUACAUAACCACAUUGAGAAAUUUGGUUUUAGUUCAGAUAUAUUUGUGCCCAACUCGCUUAUUGAUUGCUACUGUAAGUGUGGUCCUCUUGGUGUUAGUGAAGCUAAGAAGGUUUUCAAUGCCAUGGGAGUUAGGGAUGUUGUUUCUUGGAAUUCCAUCAUUGGUGGGUUGGUGAAAGUGGGCGAGUUGGGUGAGGCGCGCCAGUUGUUUGAUGAAAUGCCUGAGAGAGAUUUAGUUACUUGGAAUACUAUGUUGGAUGGUUACAGUAAGGCUAGGCUGAUGAAUGAGGCGUUUGAGUUUUUUCAGAAGAUGCCGGAGAGGAAUGUGGUUUCGUGGUCGAUAAUUGUUGCUGGAUAUAGUAAAGCUGGGGAUAUGGAAAUGGCGAGGAUGUUGUUUGAUAAGAUGCCUGUUAAGAACUUGGUUACUUGGACUAUUAUAAUAGCUGGCUAUGCUGAAAAGGGAUUCGCAAAGGAGGCCACUAGUUUGUAUGAUGAAAUGGAGAAAGUUGGGUUGAAGCCUGAUGAGGGGACAAUAAUUAGUAUUAUGGCUGCUUGUGCUGAGUCUGGUUUACUUGGUUUGGGUGAGAAAGUUCAUGCUUCAAUUAAGAGAAAUAGAUACAAGUGUAGUGUUCAAGUAUCUAAUUCUCUGGUUGAUAUGUAUGCAAAGUGUGGUAGUUUGAACAAAGCAUAUGAAGUCUUUAGUAGGAUAACGAAUAAAGAUUUGGUAUCAUGGAAUGCCAUGCUUCAUGGUUUGGCUAUCCAUGGUCACGGUGAGAAAGCGCUUCAUCUUUUUUCUGAAUUGAAAAAGGAAGAAAGACUUAAGCCAGAUCCGGUUACAUUCAUUGCUGUCCUCUGUGCCUGCACUCAUGCAGGACUUGUUGAGGAAGGCCUUCGAUUCUUUCACUCAAUGGAAAGUGAGUACGGAAUAGUUCCCCAGGUUGAGCACUAUGGUUGUGUAAUUGACCUUCUGGGACGUGGGGGACGUCUCAAUGAAGCCUUUGAUCUCGUGAAUAGCAUGUCGUUAGAGCCAAAUGCGGUCAUCUGGGGUACCCUUUUGGGAGCUUGCCGAGUACAUAAUGAUGUGGAUCUUGCUAGAGAGGUUCUCGAUCGCCUGGUUAAAUUAGAGCCAUCAGAUCCUGGAAACUUCUCCAUGUUGUCAAAUAUUUAUGCUGCAGCUGGUGAUUGGGACAGUGUUGCCAAUAUGAGGCUGCUAAUGCGGAGUACAGGUAUCCAAAAACGUUCAGGGGCAAGUUCCAUAGAGGUGGAUGAUGAGGUCCAUGAAUUCACUGUAUUUGAUGAAUCACAUCCUCAAUCUGAUAAGAUUUAUCAGAUGAUUGGCAGGUUGAGUCAAGAUCUUAAGCGAAUCGGAUAUUUCCAAAAAUAACAUAGGCAAUAGAAGGUGCUUUAGAAUGCAUCUAGUGGCAACAUACAAGAUAGCUUUGCAUUAAAGAAUGUUCCAUUGCAAAUUUCCAAAACAAAUUCUCUUCCUGUAGUUUGUACCAAUAGGCAAAAGAAUGGUAUUAUUCUUUAUUAUUAAGGCAAGAAGAAAAAGGCAACUGAUUCUGUAGUAAUUCUUUUUGUAUACUUAAAAGUAUAGCUUAUGACUCAAGAUUCAACUAUUUUUUUGUUCUUCCAGAUAUUAAAGCUCUGCAAAAAAUUCUACUUAA